AUGGCAGCGGCGGCGGCGCCGUGGCAGCAACAAGUACUACAGAGGGGAGCGUCACUGUACGUUGGUGACUUGGACCCGGAAGUGACAGAAACGGACUUGAGAGCUGCGUUUUACCACGUGGGCCCCAUUUACUCCCUGAGACUCUGCCGUUGUUGUCUCUCCGGAAAAUCUCUCCGUUAUGCCUACGUCAACUUCUACUCUCAUGCUCAAGCAUCUAGAGCUUUGGGUCUUCUGAAUCACACUAACUUGAAGGGGAAACCCAUGAGGAUAAUGUGGUGUCAGAGGGACCCUUUUGCUAGAAAGACUGGCGUUGCCAAUCUCUUUGUCAAGAAUUUAGACUCUUCAAUCAGCAGCUCUAGCUUGGAGAGCAUUUUUAGCAAGUUUGGGACUGUACUUUCAUGCAAGGUGGCUGAAGAAAACGGAAGGAGUAAGGGUUUUGGGUUUGUUCAGUUUGAAACAGAGGAUUCUGCUCUGGCUGCUCAAACUGUUCUUCAUGAUACUAUGCUUGGUGGGAAGAAAUUGUAUGUCUGCAAAUUUGUCAAGAAGACUGAAAGGACAGCAGCAGCAGCGCCAUGCGAAGAGUUCACCAAUCUUUAUGUUAAAAAUCUAGAUGAAACUAUAACAGUGAAUGGCCUUAAGGAUAUGUUUUCUGCAGUUGGUGACGUUUCUAGUGUUGCCAUCAUGAUGGAUCAAGAGGGGAAAUCAAGAGGUUUUGGUUUUGUCAACUUUAAGUCUCCAGAUGACGCCAAAAAGGCUGUUGACGUCAUGAAUGGUUCUGUAGUAGGUUCGAAAACCUUAUUUGUGGGAAAGGCUCAAAGGAAAGAUGAAAGAACAAAGAUAAUAAAAGAAGAGUACAAGGAUUUGCACAACAGCCGUGCUGAGAAGUUGAGGGCUUCAAAUCUGUAUGUAAAGAACUUGAAUUUAGACAUUGAUGACAAGAAAUUAGAAGAGGUUUUUAGUGCCUAUGGAAAGAUACUUUCAGUAAAAGUGAUGCGCCAUAAUGAUGGAACAAGUAAACAAUUUGGUUUUGUUUGUUUCGAAAGCCCUGAAGAAGCAAAGAUGGCUUUGGAUACACUAAAUGGAGCCCUUGUCGAAGGAAAGAUUCUGCAUGUGGCAAAAGCUCGUUGCAAAAGGGAUCACCAUCAUGAACUGCACAACUUCUUUGGACAGAACCAACCUCAGUCUUUCUAUCCUUCUAACUGCAAUACUGUUUCCUCACCUAUGCCAGCGGCAGAAACACAUCAAGGGAGCACAUUGAACACCAGAGACAAGUCCUACCAACACUCCAUGAGAUUUGCAACCUCUAAUUGUAGCAAACGAGAAUUGAACGUUGGGUUUGCUGGUGGUCAAAAGUUCGGUUCCAAAAGGAAGGAGAGCAAGAGAGGAGCAACUGUAGAAAAUAUUUCCACUGGACCACCACCUACCACUUGUCUUCCUGCUGCUAAAUCUACUGACAGCACCGUCAUUAACAUUGAGAAUCUUCUUCAACCCAUUGUAAAGAAAUUUCAGGAAAGACACCAGAAAGCCAUUGGAAAUGAGCAAAUUGGAGGUCACCGAGUUCAAGUGGUUCAGGGGGAAAGUACGUUGACAAGUUCAUUUGCUGGUGCUGCUUGA